UUUGGUAAAAAAAAUUAGAAAUCAGAACAGUAAAAAAUUAUUCUAACCCUAAACUGUCGGUUCAUAAUCUCCCACCCACGUGUUCCUUGAUCUCAAACACUCCACACAACGUGGGACCCUUCCCGGCCGUCGAUGACACAUCUCAGUAGGGGAUGCUCCUUCAACCACACUAGUCCUCUUGUCUCCUCACUCACUCUCUUCACUAGCCUAUCCUAAAUCCUCUCCGAAAUAUCUACCAGACCAGAGUACACAUUCAUCCUUGGCCGCCGAACAUCGCUGUUAACCCUUGUCUGUCACAGCCCCCCCUGAAACCCUCUCUCACUAUUUAACCAUGGUCUCCCCCGAGCCCUCCUCUCACCCCCAACCAAUGACGAAGCCCACUUUGAAAGCCAAAGCCUCCUUAUGGUUCACCGACGGCUUCCUCUUCCUCGGAGGCGCAUUUCUCGCUCUUUUGCUCCUCAUCACUAUCUAUUCCUUCAUAAACCCUAGCCCCUCUUCCUCCCCCAAUUUCGGGCGCGCUGUCACUCCACCGAUAUCCAAUCCUGGUCGCCAUUCCGACCCGGGUCCGGAUUUGAUGUCCGACCCGCCCGACCGGACCUUCUACGACGACCCGGAGCUGACUUACACUAUUGGCAGUCCCGUCAAAAACUGGGACGAGAAGCGGCGCCAGUGGCUGAUGUAUCACCCUUCGUUCGGCGCCGGAGCAGCGGAGCGGAUUCUGAUGGUUACCGGGUCGCAGCCGUCAGCGUGUAAGAAUCAUAUCGGCGAUCAUUUGCUGCUGAGAUUCUUCAAGAACAAAGUGGACUACUCCAGAAUACACGGGAUUGAUUUGUUCUACAACAAUGCGUUCAUGCACCCGGAGAUGAAAACCUACUGGGCGAAGAUUCCGGUCAUCCGGGCCGCCAUGGUGGCCCACCCGGAGGCCGAGUGGAUCUGGUGGGUCGACUCCGACGCGUUGUUCACCGACAUGGACUUCAAGCUUCCGCUGGAGAAGUACACGAGCUACAACCUCGUCGUGCACGGCUGGGCGCAUCUGAUUCUGGACACGCACAGCUGGACUGGGCUGAACGCCGGCGUGUUUCUCAUCAGGAACUGCGAGUGGUCCAUGAAGUUCCUUGAGGCGUGGGCCGCGAUGGGCCCACAGACGCCGGACUACGAGAAAUGGGGGGAGACGCUCCGUGCGACUUUCAAGGACAAGGCCUUCCCGGAGUCGGAUGAUCAGACGGGCCUGGCGUACUUGAUUUACAAAGAGAACGAGAAAUGGGCGGACAGGAUUUACUUAGAGAGUGAUUACUACUUCGAAGGGUACUGGGCCGAGAUAGUCGGAAACCUCGAGAACAUCACCGAGAAGUACACGGAGAUAGAGAAGCGGCGAGGCGACGAGGACGUGGCGCGGCUGAGGAGGCGACACGCGGAGAAAGUGAGCGAGCAAUACGGUGCGUUUAGAGAGAAGUUUCUGAAGGACGCGGGGUCUGGUUACGGUGUGGGCAGCUGGAGGAGGCCUUUCGUCACGCACUUCACCGGAUGCCAGCCAUGCAGUGGGGCCCACAAUCUGAUGUAUUCCGGGACGUCGUGCUGGGACGGCAUGCAGAAAGCGUUGAACUUCGCCGAUAAUCAGGUGCUUCGUAAAUAUGGGUUCGUGCACGCGAGCGCAGUGGAUUCGUCUAUCCAGCCGUUGCCGUUUAACUACCCGGUGGUGUCGUAAGGGGGGUCGUUUUUGGUGUAGUUGUCGUUUGAUUGAUCACGGUCACAUAGAAAAGGCAAACCAAGUCCUCAGGGUUCAAGUUACAAUAUGCACGAGGCUUCUGACUAUUCGGAACUACUAUUGCUUUGUGUAGCGGGACUCUUGUGGCAAUAUACAGAGGGAUAUUGAUUCUUUAUCUAAAAUCAAGAAAUUAUUUCAUCUAGUUACCCUUUAUUCGUUCUGUAGUGGACUGUUAAAAUUUCCUGCAAGUAAAAUGCAUUUACCCCGGUGUGUGU